AUGUCUUUCGGUGGGUUGAGUGUUGCUUUGAGUCUUGUGUUUGGGUGUCUUCUGCUGGCUCUGUGUGCUCAGCUUUACUAUUUCUUAUGGUGGAAGAAGAGAAGGGCACAGAUGGAUAUUGAGAUGGAUCAUGGGAAUUACGCAAAGGGGGUGUUUUAUUGGGGGUGUUGGAAGACCCCUUGCAGCAUGCAUGGUGCCAACGCCGGAGGGGUUGUGAGUAGGGACAUAGAGAACACAAUUCAUGAAUCAGAGAUGGAGUUGGAUUUGCUGCACAAGUCCUUUGGAGAAGAGGGUGUGGAGUCAGAGUUGAUGAGGCUGCACAAUCUGGCUGGUCCACCAAGGUUUCUCUUCCCCAUCAAGGAGGAAACCAAGGAAGAUUUGGAGUCCGAAGAUGGUAAAUCUAGGGGUGAUAGGAGCGGGAAGGGGUCAAGAACAAGGAGCCUGAGUGAUCUUAUGUUGACAAUUGACACCCCUUUUCUCACCCCUGUGCCUUCCUCUCCUUUAAAGUGUCCUUUGGCUUUGGACCCUCUUCAUUCUUACAAGCAUCAAGGAUUCAAUCCUCUCUUUGAAUCAUCGGCUGAAUUAGACUACAACAGAUUUAGAUCCUCACCACCUCCGAAAUUCAAGUUCAUGAGGGACGCAGAAGAGAAAUUGCAAAGAAGAUUGAUGGAAGAGGCUCGGAGAAAGGCUACAGAGAAUGUACAGGAAUGUGGGGUUAAAGAUUCCCUUAAUGAAACCACGGGCACUGAUUUUAGUGAUGGGUCCUUUCUUAGGUUCAUUCAGAACAAAGACACAACAGAGCGCAAACAGCUUCAGCAAUGUCUACCACAGUUUCCUUCAGGUUCAUCUCAGAUUCUCCCGUUGGCAUCUUCUCCUACAACAUUGAGACCACUUGAAAAGACAUCCAUUGUGCAUUAG